CGCGGAGCUAGCGGAGCGCACCGGCACCGCACAUAGCACAGUCUCGAGUAUAUUUUGAUGUUUAUUUUGUCAAAAUACAAUUUUGUCAUUUAUCGAGAUUGCUUUAAAGAAAAUACAUUUUGUUUAGUUCGACGCGGUAAGUCUCUCCAGCUGUCGAAACACGUGUCUCGUUGUAGCCGUGAGGCAUUCGAACGGGGUGAGAGUGAGGCGAUAAAAUGAGAUCGAGGAUCCGUUUGAUUAACGUUUGCAUUCGACACAAAUGCACGGACGGCAUUAGAACUUUCAAGAAGACUCAGUGGAAGAAGGUGCGUCUGAAGAACUGUCGAGAUGUCGAGGAAUCUAACGAAGAGAGCCUAACCUCCAAAAGUGCCAAAUCCGUUACGGGCUCUAUUUACAAUUCGUCUGUGAUACCCGUUAAUUUUGAGGUGGGCUUCCACAAGUUACUCGCGAGGUCUACAGAAGUCGACGCAUCAAGCAAGUUGAAUGUCAAUAUACGUCAAAUAUCCAAAAAAUCGAUGAAAGAGCAGAAUGUUAACUCAGGUACAGAAUCUAAAAAUGUAAAAAUUCACGACUCGAAUGAACAAGUAGAAGUUAAAUCAGAUCAACAAUUAAAUCGAAAUGAUAUUCAAGAGCCAAAGAAAUUGGAAAAUAAUUCAAAUGUCGAUUUAAAGAUAAAUCCCAAAAGAGACAAUGUUAGAGUUAACGAAGUAAACAUGCAAAUGUUGCCUGAAGCAUUGCAUAAUCAGCUAUUUAGAAAGGAUAAUAAAGAUGACUGUCUCUCCGAGGAGGAGAUCAAUGAUAUAAAAAAAAAUUUAGCUACGUAUGGCAUAAACGUAGAAGAUGCGACCAGGUUGCCCGAUGUAAACUUGAAGUUACCAGCCUUGGAAGGAAACGAUAUAGAGGAGCAUUUUUACAAUAUUGGGAAGGCGCAGAUUAAGCCAUAUUUACAGAUCAUACAUGAGACUGUGAGAGACAUUCCUGAGAUGCCAAAGCAAUGGCUCUUCAAGGAAGGAUGGACAAGAUACGCAGUGGACGGUACAACAGAAAGUGUCGAUUAUCCACUAGAGGACGGCGUAAUUUUCGACAUUGAAGUUUGCAUGAAGCAAGGUCCUUUGCCUACUCUGGCCACCGCGGUCAGCAAUAAAGCCUGGUAUGGCUGGGUGUCGAGUUCUCUGACACAAGGCAUCGAUCAGACGUUCGACAUGCAAUUGUUCACACCAAGUAUGCUCGUUCCUAUGGAGAGUAGCAAGGAGGAACAUGGAUACAAACUGAAUCAGCAUCAAAGGAAACCAAAAAUUGUCGUGGGUCACAACGUAUCAUACGACAGAAGUAGAAUUAAGGAACAGUAUUGGCUGAAUUGCACGGGAACUCGGUUCCUCGACACCAUGUCGUUGCACGUGUGCAACAGCGGUUUCAACAGCUAUCAGAGAUCGCUGCUGUUAUCCAAGAAAGCGAACGCAGAGCGGGAGAUCUGGCAAACCAAUACCUCAUUGAACAGCCUGGUGGAAGUGCACAAGCUGUACUGUGGUUACGAGAUAAAAAAGGAGGCGAGAAAUCUGUUCGUCGAAGGUACUAUCGAGGACGUUAGAGAUAACUUCGACAUGUUGAUGUCUUACUGCGCCUCUGAUGUGGUUGCCACUCACAACAUAUUACGCAAGCUAUUUCCGCUUUUUCAAGAGAGAUUCCCUCAUCCAGUUACGCUAGCGGGAAUGUUGGAACUCGGCUCGGUGUACCUGCCGAUAAAUUCCAAUUGGCAGAGAUAUCUGGAGGAAUCGGAGUCGACCUUCGAUGACUUGAACUAUGAGGCGAAGUUCAUCCUCGCCAAGAGAGCCGACGUUGUUUGCCGGCUUAUGCAUGACGAAAAAUACAAGGAGGACCUGUGGAUGUGGGACCAAGAUUGGAGCACGCAGAAAAUCAAGAUGAAAAGCAAAGUAUCCGUCAAGGAAAGAAAGCUUGCUGACGUAGAGACAAAUGUAGGAGAAACGAAAGAACAAUCAGAUGCUAAGUAUUUAUCAGAUGAUGAAGAGGAAGAAGAGAAUCCUUUGAAAAAGGAAUUUGCGUAUUUGGAGGAAACCAGGCGUUUAUUGCCAGCUAGAAUGCCGCAUAUGCCGGGGUACCCGGCUUGGUACAGGAAACUCUGUCUGAAGCAGAGCGACGAAGACUGGGCGCCAGGUCCGCAGAAUAUCAGCACGUCCAUGCAGGUGGUGCCGAAGCUGCUGAAUCUGACGUGGGAGAAGUAUCCGUUGCAUUACAUAAGAGAACACGGUUGGGGGAUUCUGGUGCCUUAUAAUGACGAUCCCGACAUAGAGACGAAAUUGCCGUUGAGAAAUCUUUUGGCGCAGUGCCCUUUACCAGCAUCUAGUUCAUCCAGGGAUGUCUCCGACGACGCAAUGGCCACUUUGAAUACCGAUGUGCAGAACGACCUUCACAAAACGGAAUUCUGGCGAUUUAAGAAGAAGAAGCAGGACGAGGCGUCAUACAACGAAACUUACAGAGGCACUGGCGUAUGGUGCAAUGUCGACAUAGACAAUUGCUGCUACUUUUUCAAACUGCCGCACAAGGACGGCACUAACUACAACGUCGGUAAUCCGCUUGCUAAAGACUUCCUCAAUAAAUUCUCUGAGAAUGUGCUGGCUGGCUUAGACGUCAGCGCCGCAGAAGUGCUGAAGAUCGCCCGUAUGUUGUCCUAUUGGCGGAACAAUCGCGAUCGGAUCAUGUCGCAGCUGGUGAUAUGGUUGGACGAACAUUCUCUGCCUGGCGUCGUCAAGCGAGCGAAACGACACGCGCGUUACGGCGCGAUAGUGCCGCAGGUGGUUGUCUCUGGCACUCUAACGCGUCGCGCCGUGGAACCUACGUGGAUGACGGCGUCGAACGCGCACGCCGAACGCAUCGGCUCGGAACUCAGAUGCAUGGUGCAAGCACCGCCAGGAUAUAACAUUGUUGGCGCCGACGUGGAUAGCCAGGAGCUGUGGAUCGCCUCGAUCAUCGGAGACGCGCACUACAAGCGCGUCCAUGGAGCGACACCUUUUGGCUGGAUGACUCUCAUCGGCACCAAGUCCAACGGCACCGACAUGCACAGCGUCACCGCCAAGGCCAUCGGCAUCUCGCGCGAUCAUGCCAAAGUCAUCAACUACGCCCGAAUCUACGGUGCCGGUCAGAAGUUCGCCGAACGACUGUUAAAGCAGUUUAACCCAUCCAUGACGGAUGCCGAGGCCAAUUCGAAAUCACGCAAGAUGUUUGCCCUUACUAAGGGUAAAAAGACAUAUCGCUUGAAAACUGAAAUUAUCAAUGACGACUUGCAAGAUAUUCCUUAUCCAUUCUCUCAGGCAUGUCGCAUAGCGAAGUUGCAUGGCAAAGGAUUGCAAGACAUUUUCCAAAAGAGCGAAUGGAUGGGCGGCUCAGAAUCAGCCAUGUUCAAUCGACUAGAACAGAUUGCCGGCAGCGAACAUCCGAUCACUCCGUUCCUUAACGCCAGAUUGAGUCGCGCCCUGGAGAUCACCAAUACUGAUGAAGACGACAAAUUCUUGCCCACCAAAAUUAACUGGGUGGUGCAGAGCGGCGCGGUGGAUUUCCUUCACCUGAUGCUGGUCUCUAUGAGGUGGCUGAUGAAAGAUAAUGCCAGAUUCUGCCUGUCGUUUCAUGAUGAAGUGAGAUACUUGGUUCCGUCCAGGUACAAGUAUAAUGCUGCGUUGGCCAUGCACGUGACUAACCUGUUGACGAGAUCGUUCUGCGCUUCCAAACUAGGCAUGAGAGAUUUGCCAAUGUCGGUCGCGUUCUUCGCUGCGGUGGAAGUCGAUACAGUUUUCCGCAAAGAGGCCACUGACGAUUGCAAAACCCCGUCGAAUCCUCACGGUUUGCAGAACGGAUACGAAGUACCACCCGGCGAGAGUUUAGACGUAUGGGCCGCUUUGGAAAAAUCUGGCGGCUCGCUGGGUUCUUGGCGCGACACGAAAAGUCGCAAAGUUAAAUCAGACGCGAAUUCCACUAUUGAAAAGUCACCGCGCUUUUUCAAGAAGCUAGUUAAACGGAAAUUAUAAAAUUAAUUUUGUAUUGCAAUUUUUGAGAACGCAACAUUUUAUCUCGCGAUAA